UACGAUCCAAACUCAUCCCCCGUACUAGAGGGAACCAUGGCUACACAGAGCUGUGUCACUGGGUACACCGUGUUAGCUGGUGGAGGCACUAGGACCUGUCAGUCUGAUAGAUCAUGGAGUGGAACACCCCUCACUUGUACACUGAUUUGCCCCAACGUCCCACCACCGGCCAAUGGAGUGGUGACCUACAGCGACCUCACCAUUCCCAGAGCUGUGGAUUCCACGGUUACCUACAGCUGUGUCUUUGGGUAUGAAUUCAGUGCAUGGAGCUGUACCAAGGACCUGUACUGUCAGUGGGUGGAGUAAUGGUGGUAGUCCAACUUGUACAGUUAGCUGUGGAUCAUUGGAUGAUCCUAUAAAUGGAAGAGUCACUACAACAGGGACCACCCUCUCAAACACUGCUACCUACACCUGUAACACUGGCUAUACACGUAGUGGAGGUCAGACCAGGACUUGUCAAGCUAGUGGAGACUGGAGUGGGUCAGAACCUGUGUGUAAUCCUGUCAACUGUGGUUCCCUCACUGACCCCAUCAAUGGAGCAGUGGACACAACCUCUGGAACCACCUUCAUGAUGACUGCUACCUACACCUGUAACACUGGAUACACUCUGGUUGGAGCUGUGACCAGGACUUGUCAAGCUAAUACAAUGUGGAGCCUCACUGCACCCACCUGUACUGUGAUUUGCCCCAACCUUGGCGUACCAACCAAUGGAGGAGUGACGUACAGUGACACCACCAUCCCCAGAGCUAUGGACUCCACUGCCACCUACAGCUGUGUGACUGGGUAUGACUUCAGUGGGACACUAUCAAGGACUUGUGCUACCACUGGGUGGAGUGCGCUAAUUGGUGGUACUCCUACCUGUACAGUGAUUUGUCCCAACCUCCCUGUACCAACCAAUGGAGCACCACUUGUGUACAGUGACACCACCAUCCCCAGAGCUGAGGGCUCCAUGGUUACCUACACCUGUACUGCUGGCUUUGAACUAAUUGGUACCUCAAUGAGGACGUGUAGUGACAGUGGAUGGGAUGGAACUGCACCAACCUGUAGAGCCAUCUGUGAUAUCCUUACUGUACCAGACAAUGGAGUGAUCAGCUACAGUCCAGACACCACCCCCAGACUAGACGGAGCCGUGGCUACAUACAGCUGUGAUGAGGGAUACAGAGUGUCCAGUGGACCUGAUAGAGAUUGUGGGAUCAGUGGAAAGUGGAGUGGAAUGAGCAUUACUUGUCCAAUUGUGGAAUGUGGUGUCCCUCUUAUGGUUGCCAGUAGCACCAGAACAUUCCCUCCGACAACAUUUGGACAGACUGUCACUUAUUCUUGUCAAGACAACUUUGUGUUAUCUGGGAAUUCAACCCUGACUUGUAUGGCUAGUGGACUCUGGGGCACACCUCCAAUAUGCUCUCCUAUUUGUCAGGAUCUUCCCUCACCUGCUAAUGGAGUGAUUAGCUAUGAUACGAUGUUCUCCCCAAGACCAGCGGGGACAGUGGCCACCUACACCUGUGACACUGGGUACGAUAUCUUUGGUCCCAGAACAAGAACAUGUCAAUCAGACAAUACCUGGAGUGGAGGAGACACUGUCUGUCAAGCAAGCUGUCCUGCUCUCACUCUAUCAAAUGGUGACAUCACUUACACUAUGGACAACCCUCCUAUCCCAGUGGGUAGAGUGGCUACCCACAUCUGUAGUGACUCGUUUGUGCUCUCUGGUGAUGCUACCAGGACAUGUACUGACAGUGCUAGUGGAGGAAUGUGGAGUGGAUCAAUGCUAACAUGUAUUGGAACAUGUGAGGACCUACCCAGCAUCACUAAUGGAGUCAUUACCUAUUCAUCAACCUCUCCUCCACGUACUGAUGGGAGUACUGCCACUUACUCUUGUGGGAUGGGAUUUUUGCUGCGUGGAGACAAUAAUUAUGAGAACAUGUCAACCAGACCGUAGCUGGAGUGGGACUGAGCCAUUCUGUCAAACCAUACAAGUGGUGAUCAGCCCCAGUGGAGGUCCAAUGGCUGGUCAGAGUUUCUCCCUCACUUGUUCCCUGAGUGGAGGGGCCUCUCUACAACCCACUCUCUCCUACUAGUGGACGAGGGAGGGAGGGUCA